UCCUGUCACAGUGAGCAUGCGAAUGAGAGGAGUGGUCCAGGAAUUCCGGCAGAAGCAUUGCUCAGUUUAUGCACACAGUACUUUCGUGGUGCGAGCAGCAGUCAGGGUGUGUAGUGUUGACGGAUCCUCGUGCCAGCCAGUUCGAGACUUAACAAAACCUCGCCCGACUGUCCGGCUAAUACUUCUGUAGCGCUGUUGCCUAUUAAGCUGACUAAAGAUGUCGUUUGCCAGAAAGUUUAUUGGUGGCCUGAUUAAUGUCAUCGGUAACAUUGACCCGGCCCAGUUCAUUCCCUCUGAACCCCCUGAGCCUCGCAGACCUCUUGCAUAUGCUGAACAGCAUGAGAGUGAUGAAGAGAAACAGUUCCGCAGAGUCUUCCAGCAACUUGCUGGAGAUGACAUGGAAGUGAGCCCCAAUGAACUCAUGAACAUCCUUAACAAAAUCAUUGCAAAACAUGGAGAUCUGAAGACAGAUGGUUUCACAAUUGAGUCUUGCAGAAGCAUGGUGGCAGUCAUGGAUAGUGACAGCACUGGAAAACUUGGCUUUCAUGAAUUCAAAUAUCUCUGGAAUAACAUAAAGAAAUGGCAGGCAAUGUACAAGUCCUAUGAUGCAGAUGGCUCUGGUGUUAUUGGGGCAGAUGAGCUGCCCAAUGCUUUCAGAGCUGCUGGCUUUCCUCUCAGUGAGCAGCUGUUCCAGAUGAUAAUUCGCAGGUACAGUGAUGAGAGCGGUAACAUGGAUUUUGACAACUACAUUGGGUGUCUCGUCAGGCUGGAUGCCAUGUGCCGUGCCUUUAAAACGCUCGAUAAGGACAACAAUGGGACUAUUAAAGUCAAUGUGCAGGAGUGGCUCCAGUUGACCAUGUAUUCUUGAGCCCAGAAGGAUAUUGCUACUUAGAUUCACUCCCCCCCCCCUCCACGUUGCAACAACAACUUGUUUUUACUCAAGCCACUCACUGUCUGCAAAUGUUAUCAUCAUAGCAGUCCCUGAUCAUGAGCCCAUUAUAGGAUUGUUGCCCGUGCCAUAUUUGUUGUAAGGCAGAAAUUAUGCUUUAUCAUCCCAGGGAAGCACAAACGUUCACUGAAAAUGUUCACAUAACUGAAGAGAAAGUAGCAAGGUAGUCUAACUAAAUACAUGUUGACCUUAAGUUUACUGGUUCAGGUUUGCUGUUUGACAUUUGCUAUUCACCUGCACCCAAGUCCAAAUGAAAUGUGAAGAGGUGGGUCCAAGUCACCCCAUACACAAAUGUUUAUAUAAUUUCGAAAAUAGGCUGAAUCACAUACAUUUCACUCAGCAAAAUCAUUAAAAUUGCAAAAGUCACACUUGAGUCCUCGGGUCAAAUACAGAAGUUAACCCUCUUGCCUUAAUUAACAGGUUUUUGAUUGGCAUAAACGACAUUUUAGUUUUGCAUUACAUCUAAUAGUGUUGACAGGGUAGCUUGCGAAUGCUGGCUGAAACAGGUCAUUGAAUAUCAAUUAUCUAUUAGACAAUGGAAAACUAAGUGUUAUCUCUCCACUGAUUUUAUAUAAGAUUAAGAGACAGUGCCAUGUUUGGACAGGCUGAUAUUGUCAUUUUGUUUAGUUUGCUGGUGCCAUACGCCUACCUUACUGUGUUUUUAUAUUUAGUAUUUGUUACCACUUUGCUUUCUGGCGCUCUGCCUGUGCCAGCAUAAUGUGACGUAAUAAAACAAUCUAGGUAGGUCUCGGAGAUGUGUAUGCUAUAAAUGCAUGCAGCCAAUAAUGGGAGGUGCCUUUUUCAAAGUGUUUGUCAGUGUCAUUAUAACCGCUUUAACCGCUCAAUGAAAUAAAUGCGUGUGCUGUAUUUGAAAUAAAGGAUAUUCAAUGUGUUUUGA